GCGUCUCUGCUGUGGGUUGGGCUCCUCUUGCAGGACCGCUCCAAACUAUUCCGGAUCAAAAACAGUAGCUCAGGACACCACUGCUGCUGCGGCUGCUGCUGCUUUCUCAGAGUUGGAGCUCUCGCCUCCUCCGCGUCGAUCAGAGGUUCGGUCUGUCCAGCAUUGAGGGGGGGUUCCCUCAGUGACCCGCCGCUGCCUCACCUGCACAGGCAGGAUGCGCUCCCGGGCUGCGCUCUCCUGGUCUACCUCCCUCCUUUGUUUGCUCUUCCUUUCUCCCGUGUCUCCCUCCACCUCCUCUCGCCCUCAGUGGAUUCUCCAGCGUGUCCCUGUGGUCUUGCCCGAGAAGACUGAAGAUCAGCCGACCCCCCACUUCCUGUCUGAAGCUCGUUUGGACGUCGCCUCAGGUUGUGACCCAGAUUGUCACAAGAAAGCCACUCGUCUGAGCUACUGGGAUCUGCGGCGUCUUCUGGCCUUUGAGACGCUCCACUCUGACGGACGACUCACUGAGACCGCCAUUGGGAUUUAUGGAUACAACCCCAACUUGAACACCAGUCCGGCCUACUCCUCCUCUGGGUCUUCUGCUAAGGCCCAGCGCUCACGUGUCAGAAAACGAAGAGAGAUCUUUGGGCAUGAUGGGCGUUUCAGCAUCGCAGGCCAGAACUUCCUGUUGAAGUUUCCAUUCUCAGUGGCGGUCAAACUGUCCACUGGAUGUUCUGGCACGCUGGUAGGAGACCGGCACGUCCUCACUGCUGCUCAUUGUGUGCACGAUGGUAAAAACUAUGUGAAAGGAGCCCAGAAGCUUCGGGUUGGCUUUUUAAAAUCUAAGCAACGAGACGCACCACAGUCUACCAUGAACCUUACCAACCAUGUUGAGGGAGGGCCCGCCCUGUACACACCGCCAACCAAAGACAAAAUGAAGUUCCAGUGGAUAAGAGUCAAGCGGACCCAUGUUCCCAAAGGAUGGAUCAAAGGGAAUGCCAAUGACAUCGGGAUGGACUUCGACUAUGCUUUGCUUGAGCUCAAGAAACCCCACAAACGUCGGUACAUGAAGUUAGGGGUCAGCCCCCCAGCACAGAGACUUCCUGGCCGUCGAGUUCACUUCUCGGGGUUUGAUAACGACCGCCCAGGACAGCUUGUGUAUCGCUUCUGUCAGGCUGGUGAGGAGACACCAGAUCUGUUGUACCAGCACUGCGACGCUCAGCCGGGCGCCAGCGGCUCAGGAGUGUACGCCCGGAUGUGGGACAGACGCCGGGGGCGAUGGGAGCGUAAGGUGAUAGGCGUGUUCUCUGGCCAUCAGUGGGUGGAGAAACUAGGAGUGUCUCAGGAGUUUAAUGUAGCGGUGAGAAUCACGCCCCUGAAAUAUGCCCAGAUUUGUUACUGGAUAAAAGGCAACUUUGUGGACUGCAGAGAGGGGUGACAGAGAAGGAAGGACCUCACAGGGGUGUAGCUACAAACCACCAACCCAAUUACAGAUCCUUGUGGAAAAUUGGGCACCACAAGGGGGGGAAUCAGAUAAAAAGAUACAUAAACGUACACCACACUUUGUGCUGUUUUAUAUUAGUUUAAAAAAUGUACUAACCAAAACAAAUUGAUUUUAAAUGGUCUUUUAGGUGCUAAAAUAUAUAUUGUGCAUCACUGCGAUAAAUUAAAGCAAUUUCUCUAUAUAGUAAAAAGCUCCUACUAAAAAAACAAAAAACCAAAAAGCUCCUACUGAGCUGACACUUGUUGCACUGUUGAGACUUUCUACUGAAAACUUUUGCGAAUGAUUGUACCAAAGCGUCAAAAUGUUACCUUCUGGAAGGGCUUAACUCCUCUUGGUCGACAUAUUUGUCUUCACCAGUAUAUUGUACUAAAUUUACAUCGAAAAGGGUUUUCAGGUUAUUUGAGGAUCGAAUUGUGAAGUAUUGUUUUCCAGUCUGGACAGUUCAAUCAUUGCUACUUGCUGCCACCUGGUGGCCAAAUAUAGCACUACAGUUUCUUGCUUGAUUUCGCCUUCACUCUGUUUCAUUUGUGCCUUUUCUUACACGAGACUGUGGAAGAUUAAAUGAAAUAUAUUCUUAAAAAAGAGGGUAUGUCCAAUAUGCUUUAUUAUUCCGCUUGUUUGACAUGUAUAUUUAAUUUCCCUUUGAGGAUCAAUAAAGCAUUUUAUUUCUUUUGACUCAUGUAUUACACCUGGACAUUCAGUGUUGAUAGGGACACAUUUUCAAGAUUCAGAGAAAGUUGACACGGAAUCCUGUUGAACGUCGAUAUACGGAGCAGCCAAUUUAAAUCUGGAUCUUGCUGUAUGGCACAUCCAAAA